AUGGAUUCAAGUACCAACGUCACGAAAGUUUUGAUCGUCAAACAAGUGGACAAAGUGCCUAGGAGGGGCAAGUCCGUCGAGAGAAGUGCUGCCAUGGAAGCUCGGGUGACCCGGCUUGAGGAAGGCAUGAGCGAGCACCAAGAAGCUCUCGAGGUGUUUAGCACAGUGGCUGAUAGGGUGAAGGCGCUUGAUGAGGAAGGGGAAAAGCUGGAGAAUGAAAUCAUGGGAAUCCUCAACAACUCGAAACGUAGCAUUCGUGACGAAGUGCUUGAGAUGGUUCAAGUGAAUAUUAAUGAUAUCCGGAAUGAGGUACUUGGAGCAGUCCGUGGAGAAGUCCAAGACACGAUCAAUGCCUUCCGAAGGGAAAUGAUGGGAAGGAUUGAAGGCGUGGAGGGGCGGAUUGGGUGGAAUGGAGGAGGAGAACUUCGAGGUGCGGCACCUCAUCGAAUUGAUGUUCCUAAACCAACUUCAUUCAAAGGCUCAAGGAGCGCAAUGGAAGUGGAUGACUUCCUAUGGAACAUGGAGAGGUACUUUAAGGCAUCCAACAUACUUGAGGAUCACAUCAAGUUGCAAACGGCGCCAUUUUUCUUGGUAAAUAUGGCAUUGUUGUGGUGGAGGAGGCGUGAAGCCGACAUUGAACGAGCUCGAAAGCGUUUGAGCCAACUUACACACUCCCAAUCCAUAAAGGAGUAUGUUAGAGAGUUCCAAGAGUUGAUGCUAGAGUUACCUGGUCUCACCGAACAGGAGGCCCUGUUCACCUUUGUUAACGGCCUAAAGACGUGGGCGCAGUUAGAACUACAAAGGGCGAAAGUGCAAAACGUCUCGGAGGCAAUUACGAUUGCAGAAAGACUUAUUGAGCUUAAAGCGUCUAUUGAUAGACAAAAGUUCAAUAAGGAUAACAAAGAGAGAGGUGGGGGAGACCGCCAACCCAAGAAGGGGAAACCAAACAACAAUCCUGGAAGGCAAACCAACGAAACGGGUAAGCCUAAAACUUGUCAUAUUUGUGGUGCCACCAACCACAUCAAGUUCAUGUGUCCUUUCAAAGGGAAGAAUGUGGCGGCAGUCCAAGGAGCCGAAUCUUCCGAUGACGAAGAAGGAGCUCAACUGGGAUCUUUGAAGUUGUUUAAUGCUGUUAAGGCUAGCGUUGUUGAGCCACUCAAAGGAACGAAGAGGGGUUCAAUGUUUGUGGAGGCCGUGAUCGAGGGAAAGCGCGUGAAAGCCCUUGUCGAUACUAGUGCAACCCACAACCUCAUGCGUGAAGGAGUGGCUAAGGCGCUUGGUCUCCACAUCAACCAAUCAAGGGGGACCAUCAAGUCCGUGAAAUCGAAAGCCAAGCCGGUGGCCGGUGAAGCUAAGGACAUGAAAAUCCAAAUUGGAGACUGGAACGAAAAGGUUUCAUUCUCGGUAAUCCCCCUCGACGAUUACGACGUAGUACUAGGACUACGAUGGUUCGAUCAGGUACGUGCAUGCAUAAUUCCUUACUCUGAUUCGUUGGUCAUCUCGGAUCAUGAAAGGACGAGUGCAAUACCGGUGAGAAGAGAACUAAACGGAAUGAGAAUGUUAUCGGCCAUACAAUUCAGCCGAGGCCUCCAGCGAGGUGAAGAGGCCUUUUCCGCUUUCGCUGUCAUAGAAGAUGAGAACGAUUCCAAGGUAGAAGUAGAAGUUCCCAAAGAAGUGCAAGAACUGUUGGAGGAGUUUAAAGACACGAUGCCCAACGAACUCCCAAGGAAAUUGCCGCCAAAACGGGACGUGGACCACAAAAUCGAGUUGGUGACGGAUGCUUUACCACCCUCUCGCACGCCCUAUAGAAUAGAACCUCCCAAGUUAAAGGAGUUGCAGAAGCAAUUGAAAGGGUUGAUCGAUGCGGGAAUGAUCCAGCCAUCUAAAUCGCCCUACGGUGCCCCGGUGCUUUUCCAAAAGAAGCGUGAUGGGUCAUUAAGGAUGUGUGUAGACUAUCGUGUGCUGAACAAGCUGACAGUCCGGAAUAAAUAUUCAAUCCCGAUCGUUGGUGAGCUAUUCGAUCAACUUGGAAGAGCCAAGUGGUUCUCGAAGAUAAACUUGCGAUCCGGGUAUUGGAAAGUGAGGAUUGCAAAAGGGGAUGAGACAAAGACCACUAUGGUUACGAGGUAUGGGUCUUAUGAAUUCCUUGUCAUGCCUUUUGGCCUUACGAAUGCACCAGCCACAUUUUACACACUUAUGAACAAGGUCUUCCACCCUUACUUGGAUAAGUUUGUGGUAGUUUACCUUGACGAUAUUGUCGUAUACUCGUCCACGUUGCAUGAGCAUGUGGAACAUUUGAGAUUGGUUCUCCAAGCCUUGCGAGAGAAUGAGUUAUAUGCCAAAUGA